GUACGCAUGCACAUAGGCAAACACCACCUUUUUAAGAUUGGAGAGCCAUAAAUGCAGAAGCUCCAGUAUAACAGGCCUUCAUAAAAGUCUAGCACAUGCAAUAGCAGAAAAGCGUUGAAGAGUUGUUGUCGUCAUAUUCGUAUUGAUUGUGUGUAUUCUGGUGUUGUUAUUGUCUGCUUGUAUCUGAACUCUCGAAAGAAAUCAGCGUCAAUUGCCAUGCACCAACAAAUGGUGGAGCUUGUGGCUACUGGGAAAACUCAGGAGGUGAAAACUCAGGAUGUAGUGGAUGAAAAUACUGCACUCGUUAAAUCAGAGCUCAGUGAGAUUGCUGAGUCCAUCCCAGACUCAAUCAAAAUACCAGCCUCCAUAUUGAAGCUCUCCAGUACUGCAAUAGGACAAGGUGAAUUUGGCAUUGUGUACAAGGGCAUCCUGACAGACUGGAACAAAGUACCUAUACAAGGGGUGGCCGUGAAGACAUUAAAAGGUCUGUUCUCAUUGUCGGAUGUUCAGAGCAUGGUGUGUGAGGUGAAGAAGAUGCAGGACUUUGACUAUCCUCACGUCAUGUCCCUGAUAGGGGUGUGUCUUGAUGCUAGCCCCGGUAUUGCCAUAGUGAUGCCAUAUAUGACCAACGGGAGUCUCCUCGAUUACCUCAAGAGAGAGAGGAGCAGCCUUGAGCUGGAUGAUGACUGUGACAUUGAUCAGAUUCUGGCAGUGAAGAAACUGCUACUAAAGAUGUGCCAUCAGAUAGCACUGGGAAUGGCCUACUUAGCAGAGCAGAAGUUUGUCCAUCGAGAUCUUGCAGCCAGAACUGCAUGUGAGUGUUAACCAUUGACAGGAG